AUGCGCCCAGGGGAGAAGGUGGUUCCGGAUGGCGGCAAUGAAGGUAAACUCAUUGAACACAUGAAGACGUCCGUGCAGUCAUCCACGGCGGCAACGGCGGGCCUUGGGGGAGUGCCGCGAAGCUCGGCUGUUACGAAUAUGAGAAGUGGCUACAGCAGCAUUGGAAGCGACCCAGCGGUGCCACCGGCUAACUCCAUCGUCAUUCCCUCCUCUACGGCCGCGCAGCAGACACGCGAGAAUAUCGAGCGCGCGCUUCGCAUGAACGAAGCCACAAACAACUCUGGCUACGCUACUCUGCAGUCGCUGGGGAAGCAGCGUGAGGUCAUUCAGAACAGCCUCAGCACGGUGGAUUCGACGCACCAGCAUCUUAGCGACUCCCGCCAGGUCAUACGCGACAUCCGCAUGGGAGUAUAUAAGGAGUGGCUCAUCAAGGGAUGCGUUAUUGCGUUCCUACUGCUGCUGAUCGUUGUCAUUAUUUAUUCCAAGUUCAUUCGAAAGUAA